GGUAUCUGUAAAAUGGCUCCUAUACCUGAAGGAAUAGAAAAUAUUGAUACAAAGCCUGAAUAGAAUAAACAACUUGAACAACAAGAUGAAAAUGAAGCAGCUUUGUAAGACAAACCUUAAGAUUGGACAGAAUAUACAGGGAAAUUUAUAGAACCAUCUUUGCCUACUUAAUUUAGAGAUAAAGUUAAUUAUAAACCAACAAAUGAAAAUCGCAUUCUUCCUCCUUACAAAGAAUCAGAUGGCACUAUUUACAAAGGAUAAUGGAAUAAAGGGGAAUAAAAUGGAUAUGGAUAAAUGUUAAAGCCUGAUGGAACAUAUUUUAAAGGAUUGUGGAAAUCUGGUAUUUUUUCAGAAGGAGGGCUUUUAUAUCCAAAUGGGGAGUUUUUUGUAAAUCUAUUAAAUCAUUAUUUUAAGAUUGGGACAGCAAAAUAUGGAUAAAGAUAUUUUGCCAAUGGGGUAAUUUAUUAAGGUGAAGCUGAUCAUGGAAUUCCACAUGGUUAGGGAGAAGAAAUAUAUCCAAAUGGUUAGAAAAAUCAAGCAUUCUAUUAAUAUGGAUUAAAGGUUUAAUAAGAAAGUAGUCAAAACAAUCAAUGA